AUGCAGUAUCCGCCUCUGCUUCUCUGUCUCUUUGUAACUCUGAAAACAACCGAGGUGAUGGGCUUCGGUGGUGGAUACGUACAGGAGUCAAUAGGCGGCCUCGUCGUCGAUCCGCGAGAUCGAGCUGAGCGUGAACGCAUCGACGCCGAAGUGAAUGCAAAUAAAAACAAUUAUGGUGACCCUGGCCUGCUCUUCACCCAAUUCAAGUCGGAAGACGGCCGGAUGGUCCUGAACAUCUCCUGCAAUAAGUCGGAGUUCGUUUUUGAGCAAAAGAAAGCCCCGCAACAAGUGACGUGCAAUUUGACAUACGAGCUCACAGUGGCCAUCGCUCUCUCCUUCGAAAUUGACUACCCACCAGUGGCCCAAUUAGCUCCUGCAUUUUGGCUGCAUCUACAGCCUACCUCGCUUGGCCGAAUGACCGUCCCCCUGAACCUGACAAUCCUAGGGGUGCGCAUGGGUGUAGCCUACCUGAGAAUUUGGGCUCAUGAAGCCAUAGAACAGAGUGGAUCCGGUCUGGAUGUGUGGCACAAUUGGAGCCGGUCUGACCCUCUGCGCGUGGAGACCUACUUAUCGACGCUGGUGAACAGGAGUGAGUUCGGCAGUAGCGGCUCCUUCAUGGGCCUCCCGGUUAGAAUUUUACGAAAGCGCGGAGUAGUGGAGGUGGUCUUUAGGGGAGUAGUUACGUUUCUGGUCAUUGGAAUUACUUUCCUAAUGGGAUGCAAUCUGGAUCCACGUCUGAUAUGGAAGCUCUUUAAAAGGCCCGUAGGGCCACUCAUUGGAUUUUGCUGCCAAUUCGGAAUCAUGCCACUGGUGAGUUUCAGCUCAUCAACUGUUAUUUCGAACGCUUCCUCUGAUAAUCAAAAUUACUUUCUUCGGUGAAGGUGAACGCUGCGACCUUUACCCUUAGAACUGCUCAAGUCCAAUUACAAACAUCAUUUUAACCUGCCCAAAUAGGCGAAUAAAAUGACUUAUUCGUGAGAGAAAAAAUUUUCCUUGGUUGGUCUUGAGUUAACUUUACUGAAGGUUUGCUCUUUCUGUGGUGGGAUCUAAUCCCACCAUGGCAGACAAAUCUUGAAAUUUGAUUGGCUAGUUGGUUUUUUAGUUUUUCCAAAACCUCCAAUGCAAUAUACGUACUCAGAACACACACACAAGAUGGGACAAAAUGCGGAGAUAAUUGAUCGGAAGUGAUAGUUUCCAAAGUAAUGCUGUCUAAAACGUUCAUCAUUCAUAUCAGGAAUCAACUGGAGGACGUAAGGAGCACACUGGAGAACUAAAAGCCAUGUAAUUGUGCCCGGCGAGAGCAGAAAAUUUGGCUGACACAUGUGCUGCUUUCCUAUGAAAUAGUGGUUUGGUAGUAAUCUUUCAUAUCAAUGAUUUCGUUAUUACGAAGUCGUAUCCCGACGCUUGACUCUGAGUUCUUCCUAUGAUCAUUCUAGAAGUCAUUCGUUAAACAAACUUUAGCCGACCCAACUUAUAAAAUAUCAAAAAUUUUGCAAACAAGCUCGCAUAAUAUUCCUCAAGGUGUUACAGCAUUAGAGAAAUGACUGCAUUUGCAUCUCAUGAACGCGACAAGCCCGAAAAACAGAUAAACCCUAAAUCCCCAGAUAUUUUGGCAGAUUUUGAAUAAUUUAUAUUGACCCAAAUGUGAAAAACUCGGCGCCUCGGUGGGAUUCAAACGCACGUAGUAAGUGGAAGACUUUAGUACAGCAAAUGCUCUAACCGCUUGAGCUACGAGGCCCCGCCGGACAAUGCGAAUUUAAUCCCAUUUGGGUCAAGUUACCCGCCCAACCUAAUGCAACGUCUGGAAUCCACCAAAUCUGAUACAGAAAUUUGACCGCCCAAGCAGAAUUUCCUAAGUAAUUCACCAAGAAUCCACCAAAUGACUAUCAGGUUCACGUAGUUCAUAUCUAUGAUCUUACGCCUUCUCAUGCAUGUUAAGAAUUCGUUUCGGACAAAGUCAGACGGGGACGCGCGACUUGAACUGUCGUCGAAGAACAUUUUCGAGUAAAUCGCACAUCAGUAACCAAGAGAAGGGAUGAAAGUUCGGCCACAAAGAGGCCUGAGGCAGGCAAUCCAACGAUUUCUAAUGAUGCACUGUCCUACUUAUUCCUACAGCGAAGACAAAUACGAUGCAAGUACAGAACUUCAACAGCAACCACCCAAUCAGUCACAAACGCAGUUGUGUAAGGACGCCCUAUCGCCGUGUCGAAACGCACUGCAGUGAGCUGGAAGACAAGAUUGCCGAACCUAAAUACCUCCGACGGGCCUUCAAAGCCAAUGGCUACCCACACAACUUCAUCAGCCUGUGCAUACGCAAAAGGGACGAAAGGACUAACCGCAAGGACGCGAAAUUUUAGUGAGUGAUUCCGUGCGUCAAGAAUGUUUCAGAAGCUGACGGCCGCCAUCUAGCGCCACUUGGGGUUGGAGUUGCGCACAGACCGGAGGCCACCAUCAGGCGUCUGGUAAUGAAACUGAAAGACCGCUGCCACGGCUAGAAACGUCUGGAGUCGUUUGUCGGAUCUGGUGUAGUUGCGGAAGACGCAACUACGUCGGAGAAUCCGGAAGACAGCUCCGAAUGAGAAGGGCCGAACACGCUGCAGCGGUGCGGAGAAAUGACGCUAGCUCUUAAGUUGCGGCUCAUUCGACGAGAUCCGAUCACACAUUCAAAUUCGAUGAGGCCGAAAUUUUCGUAAGGGGUGACACCUUCGUGAGCCGGGUGUUGCUUGAGUCAUGGCUCACUGGCCCCCAGUCUAUUAAGAAGUGCAAUGAACUUCCCCUUCUAUACUUGGGUGUUGAGACUUCACCUAGGCGGAGUAAUUAGCCACGUGGGGAGCGCACAGGUGAACCCUUUUUCCAACACCAGUGUCAGCGCGUCAGAUGGUCUAGCAAUCAUCCCACCAACAUGCAACCCACGAGAUGAAAUUGCAGCACUUAACGAUGCGAAUGUCGGCCAUCAAACAGUUUUCACACCAAGUGCAACGAUUCCUGAUGAAGGGAGGGGGAGAGCCCUGAAUAGUCAUAGGUAUGCGGUAGCAUGGCUACUGGAUCCUAAAAUACUGCAGCCACUUAUGCGUGAACCACCCGUAUCUGCUAUUGCCUCUGAUGAUGGGUUCGAGCAAUCCUGUCUCCUUCUUCAAGAAGACGCUUUUAUUAUCCAUUUUCAACAGACUGAUAACACCGGUCUUUCCAUUUUCAAAUAGAAGUAAACUUACUACGUAAGUGCACAUUUUUGAUGAUAAUUUGUCGAGACUGUCGGAACGCAAAGGAAGUACUACCUUGGACUGAAGCAAACUUGAUCACCUUCUUUUCCGCAGAUCUCAUUCGGGAUUGCGAUGGUGGUGCCAAUAAAACCAGAAUUUGGUUUUGGACUCCUCACUACCGGCUGCUGUCCCGGUGGCGGUGGCUCCAACGUCUGGACACUCUUGCUGCACGGCGAUCUUAACCUCAGUAUGACGAUGACGUUUAUCAGCAGCAUUGCUGCUCUAGGUAAGUCGCUUUUUUGAAAUUUUUGCCCCAGUCGUGUAGAAGGAGCGAAAGAAAACAGAAAGUGCCCAGUCUAAAUAUUUUUGCAUAAGACGAGUGCCAUGUUUUCUUCUUCAGGCCCUAGUUCUGAUUUCCGAAGCCCCCACCAGGUGUGCUUAUGCGUUAAACUUGAUUUCAUAGGUUCGAAUCCCAUCGUAGUCACCGGGAUUUCACAAAUGGUUCGAGGAAAUUAUUCAAAUCUGUCAAAACACCACUUAACUAUGUGUGUUUGUCGGUCAUCUGCUAGAUUCUAGAUUGACUGCUUCGGAAACCCUGCUUACUGCGGGUUCCAAAACUUUCGGGGGGUUGGGCGGGUAACUUGGCCCAAAUGUAAUUAAAUUAAGGGCUUCUGUUUGAGUCAUAUUAGUUUAGGUAGUUAGAACCUCAUCUGUGCUCAAACCUUGUCGUUUUUGUAGUGAACUUAAAUGACACCGAGAUCGCCGAGAUUUCACAUCUGCUUAAUUAAAUAUAUGCGUAUAUAUAUAUAUGUAAUGGUAGAGCGGCGCUCACUAAUUGUUUUUGCAGAACUCAUUCAUCCCGCUGUGCCGUUGGAAUCUCCCCCUUGAGCCCAAGUAGCAGCCUCACAGGGGGGGUAUGGAAUAGGUGGAAUGGUUCUAUCGACAAAAGCAAAGGAUACCGGAAUAACCAUCUCGGGCUUGUUAGCCACUGUCGGCCAAUCAUGUCCAGCUUCAAAGUGUGGACCACUUGCGUCUCGAUACCGCGACCUGUUGGUCAGAAGCCCACUGGUUAGAGACUUUGGACUUCUAAUCAACAGAUCGCGCGAUCGAGCCGCAAGUGUUCCACACUUUGGGUUGGCUAUGACUGGCUGACGACGACUAAUAAGCCAGAAAUGGCUAUUCCACUCUCCCCUACCUUUGUCGAUAAUACCAUUCUGCCUAUAUAUAUGAGAUGAUACCGACAAAGACAAGGGAGACAGGAAUGGCCAUUCCAGGCUUAUUAGCCGUCAUCAGCCAGUCAUACCCAACCCCAAAUGUGGGUCACUUGAGAUUCGAACCCGGGAUCUUUGGUCAUGGAGUUUGACGCUCUACCAUUGAGCCACGGGCCCGUUGUCUUGUCGGUUGUGAUCGGGAAUAUCAAUUAUGACAGAUGGGCGUUCACCGAUCGGGUUACGGAACAUGCUCGUUCCGUUGUGCCUUGGGGCUCAUACUAGAACCCUCGCAGGCAGUCGCACAGCGACUAGUAGAAUGAUGUAAAUAAGGUGGUACCGACAAAGACAAGGGAGACCGGAAUGGCCAUUUCUGGCUUAUUAGCCGUCAUCAGCCAGUCAUAUAUAUAUAUAUAUAUAUAUAUAUAUAUAUAUAUAUAUCUGACAGAUGGGCGUUCGCCGAUCAGGUUGCGGAAUGUGCUCAUUCAAUUGUGCUUUGCGGCUCAUACCGUUGGGCCACGGGUUUGUUUUCCUGUCAGCCGUGAUCGGGAAUAUCAAUUAUGAUAAAUGAGUAACAUAAUUACUGAGAAAUUAUGCUUUCCGAGAUGAUAUAAUUAGAAGUGAUGGCGACUGCCAGACUUGGAGUAUAAGUGACGCGACUAAACGCGAAUAUGUACACGCGUCGAUAGAUCAUUAUCAAGGUGGCAUGAGAAGGCACAUUUUGGAAAAUUUCUGUGUAGUCAUGAAGAAAGCCAUCGGUGUCCACCAGCUAGUCACAGGAACGGGAGGUCCUACAAGGAAAGAUAACGCCUACUCAGCCAUUAUGAACAAUUGGUUUUUCGGAGCGAUGUCAAAAAUAUAAAUCGAUUGAACAGUGCAUAUUCAGUGGGUGCACCAUUUCAUAGACCGCCCCGUUAAAGAGCCAGUCGACUUCGUGGUUUUAGUAAAUGCUCAUAUGCCGAAUCUACAGGGAGAGUUUGAGCCGAUGUAUCCAAACUCUUGUCAGUUAAGAAUAACACUCCCUUUUUGCGUCCCCACUGACCAGUUGGCUCUUUUUCUCUUGAAGGCAUGAUGCCGCUGACGCUUUAUAUCUACGGCCGCUUCUUCCUUGACGUACAUCAGAUACAGAUUCCCUAUAAGGAGAUUGCUAUUCAGUUGCUCUACGUUGUUGUACCCGUGGUUCUUGGGAUGCUGAUGAAAUACUACCUUCCCAAGAUGGCCACUCGAGUCCAGCCGUUGAUGCGACCAAUGUCACUGACUUUCAUCGCGGUCUUGGUGGGUUUCGGCACGUACGUGAAUCUUCCCAUCUACGCCCUGAUUGGUCCCUACCCACUGCUCCUCCCCACAGCCGCCACCCUCCCCUGGAUCGGCUUUCUGGCCGCCGGCCUUGUCGCCUGCCUGCUUCGGAGGUCUCGCGCCGAAAUUCUCACUAUCGCCAUAGAGACGGGCAUUCAGAAUAUUGGCAUAGCCAUCCUCGUGUUGAUCUACUCGAUGCCUCAACCGGAGGGGGAUAUUGGUGCUGUGAUGCCCCUGGUCGUGGCCCUAUUCACUCCGCUGCCUCUGAUGAUCGCGCUGAUUGUCCUCUGUAUUCGAGAGAGACGAUGUGCCUGUUGUCGAGGGCGGCCGCAGCGUACAUCACUGGCACAGCAGGUGGACAUUCCAGAUUGGACAGACGCUUGUAGGGAAGAGGAAAGCGAUGCAGGUGACGGACUGCGAGCUGUACGCUCCUAG